AUGUCAUCACACGUUUCUCCUUCGUUUGAGUCCGUGGAGCUCAACUCCAGCAGUUCAGUGUCAGCAGAUGCUCAGCUGAUGUUGAAAAAACAAACCAAAAAGAGCAAGAAGAAAGGCGUCCGUGCAUUCUUCCAGCGAAUAGGGAAGGCUAUAAAGCGCUGCACCCUAUGUUGCUAUGGGGAUUACACAUUGCCCCCAUUUCCAUGUGACGAUCCAGCGGAUGUCCAGCCAGGUUUAUCUGGCCUUGAAUGGGCAUUGUCAAUUGAUCCAUGUCCAUCUGGUAUCGAGCUGACAGUUAACGCCGAUCCGGCUGAUCUUGACCCACCAUCUGUCUCAGAACCAUCCAGUCUUGAGGUGACACCUGACAGUAAUCCAGCUGAUCCAGAGCUAUCACAUGUCCCAGGUCCAUUCAGCCUUGAUUUAAAGUUAACACUGGAUACAGGUCUAUACAAACUAGAUGUGGAUCCAGCUGAGCCCAACCCACCGACUGUCUUGGGUCCAUCCACACCGGAUUCUGAGAUAACACCUGUCCCAGGUCCAUCUGCGUUUGGGGCAACUGUUGAACAACAAUCAAAAAAAAAGAAGAAGAAAGGCGUCUGUGGGUUCUUCCGCCGAACAUGGAGGGCUGUUAGGCGUUCUGCCCUCCGUUACCAAAGGGGCAACAAAGUGGCUCCAGAUCCAUUUGCCAUUAACCCAGUGGCUACCCGGGAUCCAGCGGACCUCCAGCCCGUUUUAUUCAGCAUCAGUUGGCCAAAACUUAAUGCUGAGCCAACAUAUCUGGAGCCAUCAUCUGUCCCAGGUCCAUCCAUACUGAAUAAUGAGCCAAUGCUUGCCCCACGCCAAUCUGGUUGUGAGCCAGCUGAUGAAAAAGAAACAAAAAUGUGGAAGAAGAAAGACAUCCAGGCAUUCUUCCAGCGAACAUGGAGGACUGUUAAGUUUUCCUUCUUGGCCCCAGAUUCAUGUCACGUUGAGCCAAUGGCUCUAUCCGCCCCCUUUUGGGUGUUAACAGCUGAUCCAGGUCCUUCUUGUUUCGAGGUGACAGUUACGGCCAACCAGGAUCCAGGUCCAUCUGGUCUUGUUGUGGAAUUGAUGUCUGUCUCAGGACCAUCCAGUCACGAGAUAAAGCCUGCCCCAAGUCCACCCAGUCUCAUGCUGACACCUGACAUGAGUCUGGAUGUUCCUGAGACAAAACCCCUCCUAGGUUCCAGUCUUGAGCUGAUGCCUCUACAGGCUGACACGUGA